UGAAUGCACCGGAAGUGUUUAUGGGAAGCUUUCGGAUGCGACGGCUUACAAACAGAAGACUCAAAUUUUCAAUUAGAAAUACUUAAAUUCCUCACAUAUAAACGCGUGUUACAACACAGAAAAGCGGAAUACGAUGGGGUAUUGAAUGAAUAUUCAUCAUCAUAAACGUUAUGAACGAACUCGACUCGGUGUCCUGACCGAGGGGAAUCAUGACUCUGGCUCCUAAGGAGCUGUCCAACCUGUUGGGCAUCAUGUCCGAGGACGCGUGCAACAACAGUUUCGAGCAGCUCUCCACCGCCUUUCAUCACUGUUUCGGCAAAGCCGAGCACUUCCGGGUGGGUUCGGUUCUGGUGAUGUUACUGCAGCAGCCCGACCUGCUUCCCAGCGCUCCUCAGCGGCUCACUGCUCUCUAUCUGCUGUGGGAGAUGUACCGAACCGAGCCGCUGGCCGCCAACCCGUUCGCCGCGGUGUUCGCGCAUCUGCUGAACCCGGCGCCCGCGGGAGAGGAGCCCGAGAAGCCGCUGUCAGGUUUUCUUCCACCCAUCACGCUGCCGGAGAAGUUUUUCCUGUCGCAGCUGAUGCUCGCCCCGCCGCGCGACCUCUUUAAGAAAACCCCGCGUCACGUAUCCAGCAUGGAUGUGGGCUCCACGCCGCAGUCUGUGGACAUCAGUGGACUUCAGCUUGCUCUCGCUGAGCGUCAGUCAGAACUGCCCACUCAGAGUAAAGCCAGUUUUCCCAGCCUGCUUAGCGAUCCUGACCCAGACUCCUCCAAUUCUGGCUUUGACAGCUCAGUAGCCAAUCAGAUCACAGAGUCGCUGGUGACCGGGCCACGCCCUCCUCUGGAGAGUCAUUUUCGUCCAGAGUUUAUUCGACCCGCCCCUCCUCUUCUGGUGUGCGAGGAUGAGUUGUCCUGGCUCAACCCGUGUGAACCGGAUCACAGAGUUCAGUGGGACCGGUCCAUGUGUGUGCGCAACGGCACCGGAGUGGAAAUCAAGCGGGUCAUGGCCAAAGCUUUUAAGAGUCCUUUAUCAGCCGCACAACAGACUCAGCUUCUCGGUGAGUUGGAGAAAGACCCAAAGCUGGUUUAUCAUAUCGGACUGACACCAGCCAAACUACCGGACCUUGUUGAGAACAAUCCUCUGGUGGCCAUUGAGAUGCUCCUGAAACUCAUGUCCUCCAGUCAGAUCACUGAAUAUUUCUCUGUUCUGGUCAACAUGGACAUGUCUCUGCACUCCAUGGAGGUGGUCAACAGAUUAACAACAGCAGUGGAUCUUCCUCCUGAAUUCAUUCAUCUGUACAUCUCCAACUGCAUCUCUACAUGUGAACAGAUUAAAGACAAAUACAUGCAGAAUCGUUUGGUGCGUCUGGUGUGCGUGUUUCUUCAGUCUCUCAUCAGGAAUAAAAUCAUUAAUGUUCAAGAUUUGUUCAUCGAGGUUCAGGCCUUCUGCAUUGAGUUCAGUCGCAUUCGUGAGGCUGCCGGUCUCUUCCGCCUGCUCAAAACUCUUGAUAACGUAGAGACGCCCGCUGAGGGGAAGACAGCCAAAUGAUUCAACACAAAACUCAUCCCCGGAUCUGAGAGAUUAAAUACUGAAUGCUUUCACAGCGAGACGUCUUGAAAAGCACAUGGAUUCACUCUUACUUUCAGAGAAGAUCUGAUUGAUCACCUCCUGAGAUUUCAUCGCCUGAGGUCAUUUCUGUUUGGAUUCAACCCUUGUGUGUCUCUUUUUGUUUUGUUUUGUUUGAAAUUGCUGUAAUUUUCUGCCAUAUAAAGAGAGUGAUAAAGAGAGUC